GCUGUUGCUAAUCUAGCAUCAGCUAACAUUUGGCAGCUAAGGGAUGAUCAACGUUAUAUUUAAAGUAAAUGUUACGAAAAAUCUCAGUUUAAUGCUAUAUCUGAAAUUCAGAAUACAAUCUUUAAGCACAGUUUUAAGACAAUACUACCUUAAACAGCAGGAUAAUCUAUGGAUGUAUCGAAUAGGACUAGCGAGUUGCUAGUUAAUUGUUAAACAAAUAAACAAUGCAUAGCAAUUAAGUGCUAAUAUUAUAUAUAAUAAACUGUUUCAUGCUAUGCUGGCGCGUGCCAAUUAUCCAGUUUGCUAGGUCGCUUAGCUUAACGGAUUUUUGUUUGUUUGUUGCACGCAAGAUGUUUUUAACACCACGUUUAUUCUCAGUGAAUGUUUUAAUAUUCACGAUAUUAAACUGUUAUCCACUUUUAAAAGACAUGCCAUGGUUAAAAAAAUGAAUAAUAAUAUAUAUAUAUUUUUUUUAAAUGGCAGAUGAAUUCCCCGUAAAGCUAACCGGCUAAGCUAAGCUAAUCUAAGCUAAAUAAGCAUCCAUAAGGAAGAAGUGCAGCCAGUCGGCGGAGCUUCAGACGCUCGCGCUAAGAACUAAGAGCGAGACGGUGGUGUUAGGUCCUGCUGUGGAGACGAAGCUUGGGGUGGGGGAAAAAUGGCUAAAAUUCACGUUCAAGGAAACGGAUUUCAGGCGAAAGAUGGGAAAAGUCUGCGAGGCACGACGGAGAGUUUAGCCGGGCAGGAAGGCGAGUCUUUGGGCUCCGCGUUGCAGCUGAACGGCGUCGCCGAGACACAAGCGGAUAAAUACGGCUUCAUCGGCGGAUCUCAGCAGAGCACCGUGGACCCAGCCGAGGACAUCCCUCCCGAGGUGCUGAGACAGAGAGAGGCUAAGUGGCUGGAUAUGCUGAACAGCUGGGAUAAGUGGAUGAGCAAGAAACACAAGAAGGUAAAGCUGCGGUGUCAGAAAGGCAUUCCUCCGUCGUUGAGGGGACGUGCCUGGCUCUAUCUGUCUGGAGGAAAGGUGAAGAGAGAGCAGAAUCUGGGCAGGUUCCAGGAACUGGACAGUGAAUGUGGAGACCCAAAAUGGGUGGAUGUGAUCGAGAAGGAUCUUCAUCGUCAGUUUCCCUUUCACGAGAUGUUCGCUGCACGAGGAGGACAUGGGCAGCAGGAUCUGUUCCGAGUGCUGAAGGCUUACACACUUUACCGGCCAGAGGAGGGUUACUGCCAGGCUCAGGCUCCCAUUGCUGCCGUGCUGCUCAUGCAUAUGCCUGCCGAGGAUGCAUUUUGGAGUCUUGUGCAAAUCUGUGAGAAAUAUCUGCCUGGCUACUACAGUGCAGGCCUGGAGGCAAUCCAGCUUGACGGAGAGAUCCUGUUCUCUUUACUGAAGCGUGUGUCUCCUGUUGCUCAUCGGCACCUGAAGAAGCACAAGAUCGACCCCGUGCUCUACAUGACAGAGUGGUUCAUGUGCGCCUUCUCUCGCACGCUGCCGUGGUCCUCAGUGCUGCGCGUCUGGGACAUUUUCUUCUGCGAAGGAGUCAAAGUCAUUUUCCGUGUGGGCCUGGUGCUUCUGAAGUGCAUGCUGGGAUCUCAAGAGAAGCUCAAGGCGUGUCAGGGUCAGUACGAGACGAUGGAGAGGCUACGCGCCGUAGAGCCGCGCUACAUGCAGGAGGGCUUUCUUAUUAAAGAGAUUCUGGAAUUGCCGCUGUCUGAGCGAGACAUCGAGAAGGAGCAUCUCACCCAGCUGCGACACUGGAAGGAAACACACGGAGAACUGCACUGUAAAUCUCCUCCCAGAAUGCAUGGCGCCCGCGCUAUCAUGACCGCUGAGCCUCCCAGUCGACAGGACCUGCAGCAGAAACCCACCAUCGUGGUGGAGCCGGCGCAGAUCACCAACAGCUCUGAAGACAAGGAGAAAAAGAAAAGCAAGGCAGAUAAAAAGAAGAACAAGAAAGACUCCUCACUCGACACAACCAAUCAGGACCAGGAAGUGCAGGAACAGGCUUUACCCGACCAAUCACAGGCUCUGCUAAAGAACACGAGUCUUCAGGCGUCUAAUCCGAGUCUGAGCAGCACAGAACACGACACAUACCUGUAGAGUGCCACAUGGCGAUCAUUCUGACAUGUGAAUGUUUACUAACUGCGUCUGAAGACUUCUGGUCCAGACGGCCCUCUCUCAGGUUUCCGCAUCCGGUGUGAUCGAACUGCACUUCCCAGAAUGCAAUGUGAGCAAACACUGGGGUUUUGUUUUUCACAUCCAUGUGCUUCAUGAAGAAAUUCAUUCGGGAGGUUUUUCUAUGGUCUGUUUUUAUCCUCAAGGACCAAGAUUAUGUGAAAGCCAUGUUACUUACCGUAUUUUCCAGAUUAUAAGGCGCAUUGUUUUUAUUUAAUAGUGGUGAGAUUUCAGGAGCAAGCCGGGACACUACCACAAUUAUUGCUAAUGAUAACAUUGACAAUGCUUAAUACUUCUCAGAUACAGCAACACUAAUGGAAAAUCAACUCAAAUACACCAGCAGAAGGCACCGAAGCCUCAAUUCAGAGGCAAACACUUUAAUAAAAAAAGAGGUGGAGUUUGUAAUUUUAGCAGUGUUUUUAGACCUAAACAGCUGGGACGCAUACAGUAUAUAAAUUUUUCACCCUAAGCAGACAAAAGGAGGAGAGUGACUUAGAGUCUGGAAAAUGCGGUGCCUUUAUACAGACAUGCACACAGACUCAGAAACAUCAUCACUGUGUGAUGGAGACAUAAAAGGGCUGAAAUCUUCAUCACCAGGCAUCUUAGAAGCUUAAUGUUGUCGUCUAUGCUAAAAGCAUGGCUGCUGUACAGGAGCUGCUUAUCAGUAUAUUGAAAAGUGGUUCGAGAAACAAGGUUGUGUGUAAGUAGCUGUGUUCGCAUUAGUGACAGUUUAAGAUGUAAUGCCAUUAUCAGUUCCAUUGGGAGGCGCUUUUAUUGGGAAUUAGUUUGACUUAUCUUGUCAUGUUGAGAGAAUGCAUUCCCGUAACACAGCUUCAGCCGAGGGACCAUUUCUUGGUAUCUAUAUAUAUAUAUAUAUUAGAUAAGGAAUAAAUCGCACCAGGACAUGCUGCUUUAGGAAAAUAAUCAAGCUUGCAUGUUUAUUAUUUUCCCCAUAACACCAUGUCCUGAAGUGAUCCAUUCCUCUCAUAGGAGUUUGCCAACACUAACCACUUUUUAUUUAUUAAAUAACGAUAUUAACGUCAUACUGUUUAUCCAUUUAUAGUUACUUUUAAUGUCGCAUAAACGAUAGAUAGAAAACAAACUAGGCACGUGACUCAUUAAGUGCAAGCUUUUGUGCCUGCAGUUCACCGGGUUUGACCACUAGGGGGUGCAGCCUGACCUCAAGAACUCAAAUCCGCACGUUAUAGUGUUUUAGUGUAUAUAGAUAUAUAUAUAUAUAUAUAUAUAUACAAAACUCAUAAGGGGACCAAACAUGACUGCUGUGUCACUUCUAGUCAGUACGAUUUAGAAUAAAAUAAUGAUUACAGGAACGUUAAGCACGCAGACAGAGGACUCAACACUCAUGGUUAAUAUAGGGAAUAAAUCAGAUUCAGUACAGUGUGAUUCAGCAUUAUAAUCUCACAACACAAAUCAGUGUGUCCUUAAAAAAUAGAAACUGAUGUACUGAUCUGGUGUCAGUAAAACUCUCAGCUCUGAUUUAACAUAUUUUCAUGACUUUUUUGCAAAUCAAACAGCUUAGUGAAGAGCCUCUCUCUCCCUCCCUCCCUCCCUCCAUCUCUCUCUCUCUCUCUCUCUCUAAACAAGAAAAACAGUGCUGAAGCCCCCUCUCUCUCUUCCUCCCUCUCUCUCUCUAUCUCUCCCUCCCUCCAUCUCUCUCUCUCUCUCUCUCUAAACAAGAAAAACAGUGCUGAAGGCCCCCCUCUCUCUCUUCCUCCCUCUCUCUCUCUCUCUCUCUCUCUCUCUCUCUCCCUCUCUCUCUCUCCCUCCAUCUCUCUCUCUCUCUAAACAAGAAAAACAGUGCUGAAGCCCCCCCCUCUCUUCAUCCCUCUCUCUCUCUCUAUCUCUCCCUCCCUCCAUCUCUCUCUCUCUCUCUCUAAACAAGAAAAACAGUGCUGAAGGCCCCCCUCUCUCUCUUCCUCCCUCUCUCUCUCUCUCUCUCUCUCUCUCUCCCUCUCUCUCUCUCCCUCCAUCUCUCUCUCUCUCUAAACAAGAAAAACAGUGCUGAAGCCCCCCCCUCUCUUCAUCCCUCUCUCUCUCUCUAUCUCUCCCUCCCUCCAUCUCUCUCUCUCUCUCUCUAAACAAGAAAAACAGUGCUGAAGGCCCCCCUCUCUCUCUUCCUCCCUCUCUCUCUCUCUCUCUCUCUCUCUCUAUCUCUCCCUCUCUCUCUCUAUCUCUCCCUCCCUCCAUCUCUCUCUCUCUCUCUCUCUCUCUCGCUCUCUCUCUAAACAAGAAAAACAGUGCUGAAGCCCCCUCUCUCUCUCCCUCCCUCUCUCUUCUCUCUCUCUCUCUCUCUCUCUCUCUCUCUCUCUUUCUCUCUCUUUUACCCCCCCCCCCCCACACACACACACACCAUUUAAACAACUUUUGUAAUUAUUAAAUUGCACAAAAAAGACAUUUUAGAUUAGGAUCAGGUCGGUCGUUAAAAAAAGCAUGUGAAUGAGACAGGUGAAGCGCUCUAGUCAUUGUGGACGGUUAUAGACUUGUGCCAAACUAACAAGCAGGCCAAUCAGAUUGACCUUUUGAUUUUUUUGGUAAUGAAGCUGCUUCUGUUUUGGCAGUGGACUGUUAGGAUGUCGGAUUUUCUUCCAAAAGCAUUGCAGAAUGCAUGUGCUUCCAUUUUAACCAACACCAUAUCAGUCCACGAGUAGAUACACGUCUAUAUAUAUAUAUAUAUAUAUAU